AUGGGCCUGCUGCGGAGCGUGCAAUGUUUGCUCACUUAUCGGGCGAACAGCUACCGCCUCCCUGCCUUGGGGGGUUUCGUCAGCCUCCCGCAGCGCUCCAGGGGAGACCGGUCGGCCACCGCUGCUUGCACAAGGAACCCCCUCGUCCGGUCUGCAGCCAUGGCCACCUCGGCGAGCUCCCACCUGAGCAAAGCCAUCAAGCACAUGUACAUGAAACUGCCGCAGGGGGAGAAGGUCCAAGCCAUGUACAUCUGGAUCGAUGGGACAGGGGAGCAUCUCCGCUGCAAGACUCGCACGCUGGACCACGAGCCCAAGAGUCUUGAAGAUCUCCCUGAGUGGAAUUUCGAUGGCUCCAGCACCUUCCAGGCUGAAGGCUCCAACAGCGACAUGUACCUGCGACCUGCUGCCAUGUUUCGGGACCCUUUUCGCAAGGAUCCCAAUAAACUAGUUCUCUGUGAGGUCUUCAAAUACAACCGCCAGUCUGCAGAGACAAAUCUCCGACACACCUGCAGGCGGAUUAUGGAUAUGGUGUCCAACCAGCACCCCUGGUUUGGCAUGGAGCAAGAGUACACUCUUCUGGGGACAGAUGGACAUCCGUUUGGCUGGCCUUCCAACGGCUUCCCUGGACCCCAAGGUCCGUACUACUGCGGUGUAGGGGCAGACAAAGCCUAUGGCAGAGACAUUGUGGAGGCCCACUACCGAGCGUGCCUUUAUGCUGGAGUGAAAAUUGGAGGAACCAAUGCAGAAGUGAUGCCAGCCCAGUGGGAGUUCCAGGUGGGACCAUGCGAAGGCAUUGAGAUGGGGGAUCACCUCUGGAUUGCACGCUUCAUCCUCCAUCGGGUGUGCGAAGACUUCGGUGUCAUUGUGUCCUUUGAUCCCAAACCCAUCCCUGGGAACUGGAACGGUGCGGGCUGUCACACCAACUUCAGCACCAAGAACAUGAGGGAAGACGGAGGUCUCAAGCACAUUGAAGAGGCCAUUGAGAAGCUGAGCAAGCGUCACCAGUACCACAUCCGUGCCUAUGACCCCAAAGGGGGGCUGGACAAUGCCAGGCGCCUGACGGGUUUCCACGAGACAUCCAACAUCCACGAGUUCUCUGCUGGCGUGGCCAACCGCGGCGCCAGCAUCCGUAUCCCCAGGAAUGUGGGCCAUGAGAAGAAGGGCUACUUCGAGGACCGCCGGCCCUCCGCCAACUGUGAUCCUUAUGCUGUGACAGAGGCCCUCGUCCGCACGUGUCUCCUCAACGAAACUGGAGACGAGCCUUUUGAGUACAAGAACUAAGUGGACUGCGCCCACAGACACCGCCUUCCCCCCGCACUUCCUGCACCCCUAAACUUCCCUUCUAGAUGUAAUCCCAAGGGUACAAGAUAACACGUUUUGUGUCUCAGUAA